AUGGGACUUCUUUCUAUCAUUAGGAAACAAAAGUUGAAAGACAAAGAGAUUAGAGUGCUUCUUCUGGGUUUGGAUAAUUCUGGAAAGACUACAAUUGUCAAAUCAUUACUGAAUGAGGACGUCAAAGAGGUCUCCCCUACAAUGGGAUUUAACAUCAACACUUUGAGUUAUCAAGAGUUUACCCUCAACAUAUGGGACAUCGGAGGCCAAUCAACUUUACGCCCAUUUUGGUUCAAUUACUUUGAAAGAACAGACUCGUUAGUGUGGGUAGUUGACGUGUCAGCAAUUAACCGGUUAAGAGAGAGUUUCCAAGAAUUUGAAAAAGUUCUUCAAGAAGACAGAUUGGUCGGCUGUAACCUACUCAUACUACUUAACAAGAUCGAUAUCAUACCCACAGACAAAUCACUGGAUGCAAUUGUGUCCGAUGUAGUGGAAGAAUUGCAUCUCAAAGAAAUAACGAAUCACUGCUGGAACGUCCUACCAGUGAGUGCUUACACAGGCCAAAAUUUACACCAAGGAAUCGAUUGGGUGGUUGAAGAGGUAAAGAAGAGGCUAUACAUUCUCUGA